AUGAAGAAUCUCCUCCUGUUCUUGUUCAUAGUGACGGGAGUCAGCUGCAAAAAGUAUAGUGAAAAUGUAUGUGUUACGUGCAUUGGUCUCGUACAUACGAUCGAUGAGGCGGUUCGCAUGAAUUACGACCCCAGAGAAGAAGGACAGAAAUUCUGCGAUGACGUGUCGAAGAAAAGACUGCAGGAUGCUUGCAACGAUAUGCUCAAUAAACAUUUCGAUAGAUUCAUGAAAGAAGUAGAGAAUCCGAUUCACGAUACUUCGCGGAAGAUUUGCUUCAAAGUCGACAUAUGCAUCCGUGUGCCUAAAAAAUUACCCGAUUUCCCGUUGGAUCACUUCUGA